UACCCUAGUUUGACGGAGAAAAGAAAUCUUUGGACUGCAGCUUUUUGACUUUAAUAAUUUUUGUGUAAAUAAUUAAUAAUAAAUGUUUAGGAAUAGUCGUUUAAAUGUGAUUAGUGGACGAUUUUUGUAACUAUAAUGUCAGAGAGUUCAAUUGAAGGAAAGUUGAGAGGUUUGCAAGAGCGUUUAGAAAAUGAAUUGCGUAUUCGAGAGGGUGCCUUCCACAAUCAAGGGGGACUCGGGGCUCCCAGGUCUGGAAGCAGUCGGAGGCCUAGACCCCCUCCAAUGUUUUCAACAAGAGACAUACCAGCAUUCCCGCCCAGGUCUCCGCAGGCUGUUGAUACUGAAUAUAGAAUGCGGGAGGUGUACAAGGUGAGCGGCAAGCUCAAUGUCGAUGGCUCAGAGUACAAGUCUCACAUUGACGACCUGCAGCAGUUGGGCGAGCUCGGCAGCGGCACAUGUGGCCAUGUGGUCAAGAUGCUGCACAGGCCCUCGGGGGCUGUUAUUGCUGUUAAGCAAAUGCGCCGUUCAGGCAACUCAGAGGAAACAAAACGCAUCCUGAUGGACUUGGACGUGGUGGUCCGCUCUCACGACUGCCCCUACAUAGUGCGCUGUCUCGGCUGCUUCGUGACGGACGCCGACGUGUGGAUCUGCAUGGAGCUGAUGGCCUCGUGCUUCGACAAGCUGCUCAAGAGGCUCGGCGAGCCCAUACCCGAGGCUAUACUGGGGAAAGUUACUGUGGCGACGGUGAACGCGCUGUCGUACCUGAAGGACACCCACGGCGUGAUCCACCGCGACGUGAAGCCGAGCAACAUCCUGCUGGACGAGCGCGGCAACGUCAAGCUGUGCGACUUCGGCAUCAGCGGCCGCCUCGUCGACUCCAAGGCCAAGACGCGCAGUGCCGGCUGCGCGGCCUACAUGGCGCCGGAGCGGAUAGACCCCCCGGACCCCACGCGGCCGGACUACGACAUCCGCGCCGACGUGUGGUCGCUGGGCAUCUCGCUGGUGGAGCUGGCCACCGGCGUGUUCCCCUACCGCGACUGCCAGAACGACUUCGAAGUGCUCACCAGGGUAAUAGCGGACGAUCCACCUCAACUACCCGACGACAGACACUUCACGCCAGAGUUCAAAUCAUUCGUCUCACAAUGCCUUACAAAAAACUACAGACAGCGGCCGAAGUACGCGAAACUAUUGGAGCAUCCGUUCGUAGUGAAGUCCGCGCGCAGUCCCAUAUUGGUCGGCACUUGGUACGCGUCGCUGCCGCUCGUCGGCCACAGCGCCAAGUCCAAGGCUGGCGUUGUGACGAACUCCACGCACUCCGUCAACGCGACGAGCAACGGAGUGGAGACGCCGGUGACGCCACAGCCCGUCAGGAACUUCGUCACGAGCUCGGAGCAUUGGACGCCGGAGCAGGCCACGCCUACACCUGGCAGAGCGUGGUGGGCGAGCGCGGCGCACGCGGGCGGCAGCAGCUCGCAGCCCGCCAGCCUGGAGGCGGACCUGUCCGCGCACUCGCCAUACCCCAGGCGCAGGACGAUAGAGGCGUGCGCGUCACCGCCGCCCGCGCCCGCGCGCCGCGUCUCCGCCGACAGCCGUUGGAGGGCGUCGCCCGCCAGCUCUGGAAACACGAGUCCAAUAGUAUUACAAAGAUUUUAUCACCAAAGCCAGCAACGAAGGUCGAGGGUAGAUCUACAUUCUACGCCGCGGCAUAGGAGCCUCAGCCGGGAGCACAGUACGGGGCGCUCGCCCGAGCCGCCGCCGCGCACCGUGCGACACCACCACCUCGACCACCACAGAGCUAACGGCAGUAUGGAGCUGGAGCCCCCACCACUUCACGACAGACUGCACCCUCCCUCGCCCUUACUACUAAGCAACGACAGGUUGUCAGAAGGCCGCAGCCAGAGUCUAACGCGCGCGGAGCUGAGGAACGGCUACCGGAGCGAGCUGACUGCACCGGUGCCCACCAAGCAUCACCACGAUGACCAGGGCUGGCUGCACUCGCUGGCGGGGCUGCUGAAGCGGCGCCUCAGCGGGUACGUCAAGUGGCAUCACGUUGCAGCGCGCCGCGACCCCGUGCACGACGCCGUCGCGCACCACAGAUGGGGUACGAGCGAGAGUUGGAGCGUGCCCGCCUCGCCCCUGCCGCCCCGCGCCCCGCCGCCGCGCCCCUCCGACUAGCAGCCGGCGCCCGGGCCCGCGCACGCGCCCCCCGCCGCCCACCACGCGCCCCUAGCGGCGCUCGCGUGCAAGCGGGCCCGCCACCUCACGCCCGACGACUUCACCGUCACCCCGCGCUACUUACGAGCGAACAGCUGCGGCGAACGGACGCGGUACGUGUCCAUGUGCACGUAGUCUAUAGCUUGGCAACUUCGCUCGUAACACUCCCGAUGUUCCGCGCGGGCCGGGGGGUAGACUUCAUACCCGCGCAGUCCUUUCCCCCCGUCGCCCGCAUAUCAUAGGAGUGUCAUCAACGAACUUGCCAAGCUAUGUGUAUGCCAACGUGUGUAUUGGGCCAAUGCUACGACCAAUGAUUUCAAAGACUCGCUGAACGAAACUUACUCUAGAUGUCUUCAUCUUAUGCAACGUAUUGGGCCAAUGCCACGACGAAUGAUUCAAAAACUCACUGAACGAAAUUUACUCUAGAUAGUUUCAUAUUGUGCAUUGAGCCAGCGUAUUUGGCCAAUGACACGACCAAUUCAGACACACGGUAUCUGAUCUAUAUAUCUAACGUCUAUAAUCUGUUGGACGCAUACGCACGUACGUGACAAUUACGGGAUAGAACAACCAAUAAAAAUUUGAAUUAUUUUGCUUUAUAACACGUAAAAUAUACUAAGAACGUAUAUUAUGUAUUGCAUUCAUGCCUGUUUAAAUUACAUUUAUAAAAUAUAAACGAGUACAUAAAUCGUGUUAGACAAAAAUUUCGUAACAUGUUUGUUUAUUUACCCUGCAAAUAUCUAAUCAUUAUUAUACAUUUUAAAAUUUAUGUCAAAUCAUGUUUUAAGUUUACCUGUAUUAAAAGUUAUACCAAUUUUCGUGACGUCAUUGUUUUAAGUACGUGCGUAAUCGUGCAUAAUUGCGUACGCAUCCGUACGCUCGUGCGUACGCAUCCGUAUGCUCGUGCGUACGCGUCCGUACGCUUGUGCGUAAGCGUCCGUACGCUCGUGUGUACGCGUCCGUACGCUUGUGCGUACGCGUCCGUACGCUCGUGCGUACGCGUCUCGUACGUAUUUAACGUGUCGUGUCCGUUCGUUUGUAGUUAGGUCACUUGUUUCCGUUGUAUUAUAACAAAAGUAUACGCUUUGCGGACCUUUUAAACCAAAUAACAUGGACAUUAUCGAGUCGCACAUUGUACGGUGGACGAUUUGUGUAAUCGAUAGUUUUGUACAAGAAGUCAUGUUACUUAUUAUACAAAGAUAUGAAAUAACGCUUGUAAUUAUUAUUAUUAUUAUAUUAUAUUUUGUUUUAAAACUUUUUAAAAAUAUUAUUUUAUAUUAAUUAAUUUGUUUAAAAAAAAUUACUGCGAAUUGAAUCGUGUAGCAUCAAAUCCGUUAUUUGUAGAAUGUAAUGAAAGAAUAAUGAUAAAAAAAUUACAACUUUUGCUUUAAUGUACGCAUUUUUAAGACAAUACUUUUGUAACUUUAAAGGAAAAACGAUAAUAAGCUACGUCAAGUAUUUAUUAACUUAUUAAAAAAAAAAAGAAUUAUUAAAUUUUUACAUAGAUAAGAAAUUCUCUUUUACUAGUGUGAUAUACAAAUGAAUCGUGUAGUCUCAUUAAUUCUUGUUCUUUUUUCUGUUUAAUUUAAAUGCAAUUAUGAAUUUAAUUAAAUUUCUAAUACAAAGCUUGCGACAAAUAAAUAUAAAGAAAUGUAUAUAAAUGAAUUUACAUUUAGGGCCUUUGCUCACGAAUUUUACGCACCAGUAUACCUAUGUGUCAUCCAAAUUCAUAAUCAACGUUAUCAAAAUGUAUUUUCAAAAGCUUUACUUUUCGUUUUAUUAAAACUAUUUAGGACUUUGAACUUAGUGACAAUUCAACUUUGUCUGUCCUAUAGGGAAGUUUAUUUUUAAAUUUCAUGUUUUUUGCUUUGUUAUUCUUAGUGGUGCUGGUGAAUUUACAUUUCAAUUACAUUUAGGCUUUAACCAACUUGAAAAAAAGAAAGCCAUUCCAGUCAAUUUGGUUUAUACAUUACCGUACGUAAGAUCACACAGAACAAAAAACAUAAAAUUUUCAAAUAUAUUAAGCUUUUUUUUAAUAUUUAAAGAGAUAUUGAUGAGCUGUAUUGUUGUGAAUCACAAAUUGUGCGGAAAUAUGUCGUCUGCAGAGGCCCUUAACAUAGGUUUAGUGGAACACCAAAAACGUUCAAGUCAUAUAUGAAUUUUGAUGUAAAUAUUAUUUUAGGGUAUGCGCCUAAGGCUGAGGCAAACUUAUAACACGUGUUCUAGAACGUCUCUUGAUUGUUUGUAAUGUGUUUGUGGUCAUGAAAAUGCUAAAGCGAGGCCAGUGAGAAAAAUAUAGACGAAACGAUAUAUGAGUCCUCCUGCGUAAUACAGGGGGGUGAGAUACGCGGGCGAAAACACUCUUCUAUUUUUUUUCAUUAUCCAUAAUUAAAUAUAACGUGUUUCAAACGGUGAAGGAAAGACAUAGUGAGUAAACCUGCAUACCAGAGAAUUUUCUUAAUUCUCUGCUUGUGUAAAGUCUGCCCAUCCGCAUUAAGCUAGCUAUUGGCCUAACCCCUCUCAUUCUGAGAGGAGACUCGAGCUCAGCAGUGAGCCGAAUAAGGGUCAAUAAUGAUGAUGAUGACGGUUUGUGUAUGUAGCCAGUAUUUGCCCUAUUUGGGCGAAAGUGGACAUAACUCGUCAUUGUUCGUCAGGCGUUCUAAGCUUUAUUAGUAAGGCGAAAGAUUAUCAAAACUUUGCACUUCACUUGUGCACCUUUACAAAACUACUAGUAGACGCCGCGUGGUUUUACCCGCGUGGUUCCCGUUCCCGUGGGAAUACGGGGAUAAAAUAUAGCCUUCCUCGAUAAAUGGGCUAUCUAACACUGAAAGAAUUUUUCAAAUCUGACCAGUAGUUCCUGAGAUUAGCGCGUUCAACCAAACAAACUCUUCAGCUUUAUAAUAUUACUAUAGAUACUGAAUAAAAUGCAUUAAAACUUUAUGCAAUAAAACUGUAAAAUGCAGCAAAUCAUAAGAGAGCUAUUUGUUAUUUCUACGAUUUUCCCACCAAAGCUCCCACGAUGUUGUCACAUAAUGAAUGAAUGAAUGAAUGAAAAAUUCGCCUCCGACAUCAUACCUCACACCUCUGUAUUGCGCGGUUGAGGUCUCACUUAUGUGGAUUAUCUUAUAUAUUUUUAUCUAUUUAUGAAUAUUCGCUCUCGAAUUCUAUGACUUUAUUGACAUCUAUUUCGUCUCGUCGAUUUCGCUUUGCUAUUUUCUUUGGCUGUUGGUUAUCGUUGUCUCGAGUGGCGUGUUGUAAGUACAUUUCUGUCUUAAUUGUGGUGAAAAAGAGAUUUGUAGUCAUAAAAUAAAAUAAAUAGAAUUUUUCAUGUAUGUAAGCAAGAUCCCACAUUCAUUAUGAAUAGAAUUAUAAUAAAAAUUGUUGGUACUUUCCACCUGAGUACUGAAAAAAUUAUUAAAAUAUUUAAAUGAUUUUUCAGUACAGUUCAUAAUUGAAAGAAGUGAAAUUUUUAUUUAGAAACUAUUCAGUCUUACUUAAUAUAUGUAUUUUAAUAUAUUGAAUACAUUUUCAUAGUACAAUUCAGAGGAUAGCUGUGUUUGUCAUUGUGCCUAUUGUUUACUAUCUCUUACGUAGUUGGCGCUGCUAAUAAUGCAGUUGACGGAUGAUGCACCGAUUCAUUGAUUGGUAUAAUGAUUACUUGUAUGGAAAAUUCUAUUAAUAUAAUGUACCUUAUAUGAGUAUAUCUGCCGGAAUUGUGUACGCCGUCUUGAGUCUUAUUUAUCAUGUGAUACGGACUCUAUUGGUGUACACUGUUUUGAUAGAUGACUGCUUGUUUGUGAGCCACGGUCGGUUGUUUAUAACUCAUACUCGUACCCAAAAUUUAUGGGUUCAAAAUUGAAAAUAUUGUGUUUUCAAAAGUUUAAACUGUAUUAUAAAAAAAAAAUACACCGGUGUUAAGACUCAAUCUCUAAUACAUACUAAAAUUGUUUUCAGAAUUGAUGUUUAAUGAGAUGUCAAUUUAGUGUAGUUUAUAGAUUUGGCACACCAAAUUGACACCUGACUUAAAAUAAGUGCCAGAACAUAUUUCAUGAAGCGGUCGAACCAGUAAUAUCGCUCUCUCUUAUUAUGCGAUGGAACGAAAGAGAUCGAUAUAUCCGGUUCGGCCGCUAUUGGUCGACUAUGUCUUUUUCUCUUCAUGAAUUAUGUCGUGACGCACAUGUUAGGUUUUCAGUUACUCAAUGAGGGUUUUUUAAUAAAUUAAUUUAAAUAAACCUUCUACCGUGGCAAGAUUAUUCCUAUUUAUUAAAAAGUUGAAUAACGUUUUUCUGAAUGUAAAUAUCGUGUAAUAUAUCGAUAAGUGACGUAACUUAAGCGCUGAAGUUGUUUGAUAUAGAAAAGUAAUAAAUAGCAGUUUUAUAAAUUAUGAUUGGACAUUACGAGAAAAGAUGCGCGCGGAGUAACAAUUAUUUUAUUGAAACACGUAAUAUAUGAGAGACAUAUUGACAUGGCAUUUUUAGUAUAUUCCAUGCGAAAAGAUCGAGUAGGUACCUACUCACGUAUUCCGUAAAAGUAAUUUUGUAGGGAGCUAUUUAUGGUGAUUCAGUUAAGGGCACUGGGUUUUAGAAUUUACCUACGUAAUGUUUAUUCUAAAACAACGAUAUAAUUAUUAUCUCAUGAAGACAAAACAAUAUUACAGGCUGAGUUGAAAUAUAGCUGCUUUGGGAUGAAAGAGACAGCAAUAUUUUCGAUCCCGCCGCUAUUGGUCGACAUCUGUUGUUCUCGCGUGUUGAAAUAUUUCAUAAGCUCGUGGCGUGCAACUUUCCUCGUAAUUUGCGAUCAUUGUAAAAUGCACAAUGUAGAUUUCCACAGCUUGUACUCGAAGAUUUUGUUAGAAAGUUAAGUUUACACCAAAUAAUAUAUGUACCCAUUAAUUGAAUUGAAAGUAUUUGUGUGAAAUCGGUUGUACCUUAAAAUUAUUAUAUGAUGUAUUGUAAACUUUCGUGUUUCUUGUCAAAGAUGUAGAUUUGUGUUCAUCUGAAUUCGUGCUGUUGUCAAUCAUGGAAUAAAAAAUAUAAUGAAUUUAGUGCAUGUAAAAAAUCCCAAUUAUAGCAAUUUAUUUAUGAUUUAUUGUAUGCAAGGCAAAUAUCAUGUAGUGUCAGGACAAAUACUAGCGGAAUAAGUUUUAUUUGUUUUCUAAAAUUAAAAUAUAUAAUUACAUACUUUAAUUAUAUUUAAUUAAAAUAUGUAAUCAUAUAUUGGACUUGCUUAGAGCCAUUUUUAACCGAUUAUAGUAAUAAAAUUAAUCCUACUGGAAGUAAUAAAUUGAAACUACCUGCACCUUCACUUUGUAUAAUUUUAAAAGUAUCCAGUAAAAACUAUUCAUUAAGACCCGGAUGUGGUUGAUUAAAUUUAGUAUUAUAGUACGUUUAACCAGAUGAGAUGAUUAAUGUAAACGAAUUGCUAUCAUGAUUGUUUACGGCAGAUAUGGAUGGAUAGUAAUUUAAUUACUUGCGCAAGUAACUUCACAGAGAAGAGAUAGAGACAAAUGCCGACCAAAUGUGACCAAUAGUGAUGAGCAUCUAAUGGUAGACUUACGUUCUUGGCAACCGCGGCCUGCGACCGGGUCGCACGACCUAUUGCUUAGUAUGAAUUGAUAUGGAGCACUAAACAAAACGGUCGCGCGUCGCCGUCUUGAUCUUUGUUUAGUGCUUCAUAUAAAUUCAUGCUAAGCAUCGUCGGGUCGUGCGACCCGGUCGCAGUUGCAAGUCGCGGUUGCCAAGAUAGGAAUGCUACCUUUAAGCCCAGGUCAGGUCAAGAUGUUUAGGUAUUUUAUCUCGCCUGUUUAAACGUACUAUUGUAUACUGGUCCCUAUUUAACAAAAUGCGGCAAUUUAACUAUACAUCCUUGCUCUAACUCGAGGUCUUGUACCUGUACCUAAAACAAAGCGCUAUUUGGUUGUCUUUGCAAAACAGUUAUAAAUUAAAACAAAGGUUUUGCCGUCAUUUUAAUAUGAUCUGAGACAGUUGCAGACAAAUAAAACUAUAAUUGCUCUAUAAUACGUUACUGAAAAGGCUCAAAUUUGAGAGAUUGGAUUCAGUACUAGCUUAUUUUAAGUGAUUUCCAUUCCUAACAUGGGCUUUCUAAUUAGGAGUACCUUUUCGGCUGAUGGGAGGCUUCGGCCGUGGCUAGACCACCCAAAGACCUACCGCCAAAGGGGUGUAGUUAGCCCGCAUCUUCAUCAUAAUCUUAGAUUGCAUCAUCGCUUACCAUCAGGUGAGACCUAACUUGUAAAGAAUAAAAAAAACUACCAUUUACCUAGUUGGAGAGGUCUGGAGGAUACUGCUAAUGUUUACAUGGAUAAUAUUAUUCAUGAAGAAGAUGGACAGACGUCACAGUAAAGUUUGACGUGCGAACCGUGUGUUUUCACAUUUCAUUUCAAUAAUAAUAAUCCAGCAUCGAGCGAAAUGAUAAAUUAUUUUAUUAUUUGUAUUAAUUAUUGUAACUUACUCAAGUAUUGUUAUUUUUGUACUAUUAUGUCAAGAAUGUUAAGUUUACUUAAUCGAUCCGCUGACCCACUGUAAUUCUGUAUUGAGGGUUUCUUAGAAAAAUUAAAACAGUAUAUUUGGUAUCAUCGGUCAUCCUGAUAUUCGUGUGCAUAUAUAUUUCUUUAAUUACUGCAGUUUCGCGAAACUCGGAAAAAAAAUCUGGUUUACAUAGUCGCUGUCUCAGAUCAUAAUUAUGACGUUUGUUUCAAGACAUUUUAUAUUUAGCAAUCUGUCUCUAUUCUAUAGUCUAUAGCCAAGCGCUCCCUAGUCGGCACGGUCGCGUGCACAUCUCCCUAUGCGAGGUUUUUGUUUAUUUGAAAAAUAUAUGUAUAUUUUAUAAUACAACGAUUUUGUUUUUCCUUAUGUAAUUAUUGCGAUAGUUAUUAUGUUAAUGUGUAUUGUAAUAAAUGCGGAUCAAAUUUUUUAAA